GUGCAGGUCAUCAAGAUGCUGUCUCUGAAGAGCUAUAAGUGGGAUCGUUUGGAGCCCGGCAGGCGGUACUGUGUCACCGUGCGAUUCUACGACGAAAACGAGGACAUUUACUCCAACUUCAGCCUGCCUCAAUGUGCUACAAUACCAGCCAUCUUCUCUCCAGACCCGCUGAUCUCGGGCAUCUUGUGCUCGUUCGUGAUCAUCAUCGUGUUCUGCAUCUUCCUGCUGAUCGUGACCGGGUUCAUCUGUCUGAGACGGAGGCUGCUGCCGUCGGUUCUGAACCACACGCCUGUCCGCCCCUCCCACACUUGUUAAGAAUACCUAAUGCUG